AUGAUAUCUCUUUAUUAUAUUCUAAACUUUCUCUUAAUUAGCAUAUAUCCAAUUUCUAGGAUUUUUAGACUGUUCAAUUUCUUUAUUUUGGAUGUGCCAGAUGAAUUAGGUACCACCAGAGAAAACUCAAUAUUUUAUACAAUCAUGGCAUUUGCUGUGAUCAAAUACUUACGAAGUUAUUCUACUAUACAAUAUUUGAGCUCACUGUUUUUUACAAUCAAAAUUGCUUUAAUAACUAGUUAUUUGUUUGUGGAUGCUAAAAUUAGUUUAUUAUAUGGAGGGGCUUGUUUGGCCAUAUUUGUUUUAUGUAGUGAGCCUAAAUUUGAUGGCAAAACAAAAAUUUAAGACAUCGAAGAGAUCAAGGAGUUUGAAGAACUGGUUGGAGUCAAAUUUAGAGAUAAUGAAGAUGGAGAUAUUAUUGAAGAAUUGAAUGAGAGAUUUACUAAGAAAUAAAGGGGCAAAGAAAAAAAUAAGAAAAUAUAAAAUUACAAAAUGACUGAAAUGGUAUUCGCUGAGUUUUAUGUCGAUUGGGCAGAUACUUGUAACUAUACUAAGGAAAUUUGGGCUAAUUUUUCAUGUAAAUAUACAACAAAUGGAUUGAAAUUCAUUUCAAUUAACCUAGCUAAAAUACCAAGAUUGGCUGAAUGCUAUAGGAUCAAUACAAGUGCUAUGUCUAGGUAACUGCCUACUGUGAUUCUGUUUGAAGAUGGAGAGGAGGCAUAGAGAUUUCCUCCCAUCGAUGAAAAAACAAAUAAAAUUCCAAAAGUAUUAAAAUAUGGAAAGAAAGAACUGCAAAGUUACUUUGAUCUAGAAAAAAGAUAUCUGGCAACAAGAGAUCUAUGA